CCUGUGUCGUUUACCAGUGGUGUUCUAGACGGCCUCACGAUCCGUAUCGAAAUUAAGGAGAUACAGAAAGCCGAUAUCGGGCGCAAAUAUGGGCUGAAGGACAAGCGGCCGAUCGAACCCCCUCCCGUUGCGGUCUGUAGUUUCGUCGACCUCACCAAUUCUCACCCGCAGAGACUCCGUGCUCAGCCCCUGAGUAUCGAGACGGCGGCCUUUAGUGCAGUCUGCCACGUAGAUCUGUUCACGGUGCCCUCUAAUGAAACUUCUCUGCCAUCCUUCAGCUCCUUUCAUCCUCCUACAGCCGGCAAUUACUCCCAGACACCACCGUCGCUCCACCCUAGCUCAAUGGUCCCUGCGCAUUCCCAAGGCAUCGUGCUCCCGGGUGUGCAGUCCCUGGUGGAGGCCGGGCAGCUGCCAGGCGACGACCAGGGGCACCAGAUGCGCUCCCCUGAGCCUGGCCCCGAGGACAUUGUUGCAUGGUUCGGAUCCCAUCCCAUCCGGGAGAGUGACAAAUGCAGCACGAUGCUAGCCGGUGCGACAUUUGUUCAAGCAGAGAUCGUGGACUACCACAGCAAGAAAGAAGCAAUGUUUGUCUUUCCAGACCUCGCCGUCAGAGCCGAGGGCACAUUCGUCCUGCGCUACCGCACGAUGAACCUGGCCUCCCUGGACUCUCCGUCGCUUCCAUUCCGCAUCCUCGCCGAAUGCUUCGGUGGACCGUUCAAAAUCUACUCCGCCAAGGGUUUCCCCGGGCUGCCCCCCUCCACCGCGCUCACAAAGCUCCUCUCGAUGUACGGCAUCCGUGUCAACGUGCGCGAGAACGAGCGCAAGCGCCGGACGAGGGAGCAGAUCGACGCGGGCGUGAAGCUCACAGGCGUGGCGGUACCAUUCGAUGGCCGCGGAGGCGACGGACUCGGGCUGGCACAAACGUCGGCCGCUGGAGGCUCUACAACUCCCACGCAGAUAAUGCUCUACCCCCCUACUAGCACCACCUCGGGGCCGUCCUCUGUCGCUGCGACCGAACGACACGAUAGGGCGCGGCCACACGGAUUAUCUGAUUCGUGCGGGUUCUCCAGCGCCAUGUAUGACGGGAUGGAAGUUGACGAGUGGGACGACUGCUAG